UACCAUAGCUGUUAUCUUAUUACACAAUUAAACAGGACUAUUUUUAGCGCAUUAGACCCCUCUAAGAUCUUCAAUUUAUACUCCCAAGUCCAAAUCUCUGAAGCCCUAACCCUAGGUAGAGUCCGAUUGCGUAUCCUGAGGUUUUCGCCAUGGGGUCUCUAGGGUUCCGGCGAUCCCUGUUCCUCCUCGUCGCCCUACUCCUCGUCGCGGCGCCGUGGUACGCCGCCGCCGCCGCCGCGUCGUGCGCCGCGACGACAUUCUCCAACCGCGUGUUCGCGACGUGCAGCGACCUCCCGCACCUCGCGGCGUCGCUCCACUGGACGUACGACCGCGCCGCGGCGGCGCUCUCGGUGGCGUUCGUGGCGCCCCCCGCGGCGCCGUCGGGGUGGGUGGCGUGGGCGAUCAACCCCACGGCCGAGGGCAUGGCCGGGUCCCAGGCCCUAAUCGCCUUCAAGCAACCGGACGGGGCGAUGGGGGUGAAGACGUACAACAUUACGGGGUACGGGCCCUUGCAGGAGUCGCCGAUCGCGUACAAGGCCACGGAUCUCGCGGCGGAGUACGUGGGCGGGGCGAUGAGGGUUUUCGCGAAGCUGAUCCUCGGGAAGGGGGCGGAGGAGGUGAACCACGUGUGGCAGGUGGGGUCGGGGGUGAGCGGCGGCUCGCCGGAGAAGCACGCGUUCGGCGCCGACAACCUCGCCGCGAAGGGCAAGCUCGAUCUCGUCAAGGGCGUCGCCUCUGCCUCCGGCUCCGGAGGAUCCGUCUCCAGGGAGAGGAAUGUGCAUGGAGUUUUGAAUGCUGUGAGUUGGGGCAUUCUACUUCCUAUCGGCGCAAUCAUCGCGAGAUACCUAAAGACAUUCAAGUCGGCAGAUCCCGCAUGGUUUUACCUUCACGUCUCGUGCCAAGUUAUUGGCUAUGGCCUCGGAGUUGGUGGCUGGGCCACUGGUCUCAACCUCGGCAGCAAAUCGAAGGGAGUCACCUACACAACCCAUCGAAACAUCGGGAUCGCUCUCUUCUCUCUUGCAACCUUGCAGCUUUUUGCAUUGCUUUUGAGACCGAACAAGGAUCACAAGUAUCGCUUCUACUGGAACAUCUACCACCACGUGGUCGGCUAUGCCGUGAUUAUCUUGGGCAUCAUUAACAUAUUCAAAGGGCUGAAAAUCUUAGAUCCUGCUCAAAAAUGGACAACAGCGUACAUUGUCGCGAUCUGCAUCUUGGGAGCAAUCGCCUUCAUACUGGAGAUCGUUACCUGGAUCAUAGUUCUCCGGCGAAAGUCUUCUGAUGAGAAGCCCUACAUAGGCUCUACGAACGGCCAGCGCAGCGUGCAACAGCCGCUUGCAGUAUGAUUAUCCUGCUUUUCCACUCCUGCAGCAAUUUUUCUUCUUCGGUAAUUAUUAAGGUGGUAUUGCAGUGUUCCAGAUUCUUUUUUGUUUCUUUUGGUUACCUAUAUGAUACUCUGUAUACUGGUUAUGGCAUAGAUUGUAACAUACCUAUAUAUAUAUAUAUAUAUAUGUCUACGUUGUGCUUCAGUUCUCCAGGUCUAUAUCCAAGAUACUUCAGUUUCAUAUUUA